AAUGCUAAAACUCGUGAUCAUUUUCGCGGUUCUGUUCACGCUGUCGGUGAUAACAGACUGCAGGACCGUCCAGCAUGACGGGGACCCUGUGCAGGAGGUCCUCCUUUCGGAGGACGCAACUCAGGGAAAGGAGGACGACGUGAAGUGCUUUGGCAUUGGCAGUCUUGUCGCUAAAAUUUUGCACUGGUUCUUCCACGACAAACCUGAACCUGCGGGGGACGAACGAGUAAAGUUUCUGGUGCACUCUCGAACGUCAGAGGUUCCCUAUCGAUUGUACGCCGAGGACGAUCAGUUUGAAAUAGCUCUGUCCAGUUUUCAGCCUGAAAAGGACACUGUCUUCAUUGUUCAUGGAUUUUGGGCCGGCGGAGAGGUGAACUGGGUCGAGGAGAUGGCGGAUGCAUAUCUUGCGUUUAAAGAUGUAAACGUCAUUGCUGUUGAUUGGAGUCGAUACUCGAAUAUUUUGAAUUACUACAAAGCUGUUGUUAACGCUAAGAACGCGGCCCGCGCAAUUGUGAAAUUUCUCCAGUUAACGGUGGCUUCCUACCCCAGGACCGACAAUUGGGGGGAAAUUCACCUGAUAGGACACAGUCUGGGGGCUCAUGUCAGUGGUAUGGCUGCUGCCGGUUUCAAAGACAUCGUCAGCAGAUGGAAAAUCGGGAGGAUCACUGGCUUGGACCCGGCACAACCUUGCUUCGCGGCCAGUGGCUUGUCAUUGAGAAAGACAGAUGCACCGUUUGUUGAUAUCAUCCACACGAAUGGAAUAUUACUAGCAGGCAUGGGCCUCGGACUCAGAAAUCCAAUAGGUCAUGUGGAUUUCUAUGCUAACGGCGGACAGCGUCAGCCGGGAUGCUGGAGGGAAAGAUCGAAAUGGGAAAUAGCUAGUGCAGAAAUCAUGGAAGCAGUUUGCAGUCACAAACGCUCCUACCACUACUUCACCGAGUCCCUGAAUCUCGCAGCGAAAAAUAUGAGUAAUAAAUUCUGGGGGCACAGGUGGGAUCAGUCGCCGAUGACUGCGUCACCACUUGUUGGAAAGGACUGCAGUGGUGACGACUGCGCGGAAAUGGGAAUAAAUGCUGAUAAAUAUGAUCGUAAUGGCACAUUUUUCGUGUCCACGGGGAAUAAUAUUCCCUAUUGUGUUGUCCCUGCCUCAGAUCGACUCGACAUUCUGGAUCAAUUGAGGAUGGAUGAGAAAGAAACGCUGGAAGCAUCAUGACAUAAUGCCCCAUAAUGUGUGAAGAAUUUGAAUGUGCAUAACUUUUAAGUCACGAAAUAUAAAACUAUAUUUUAAUGGGACGUUUUAUGUUCCAUUUUUUAUUCCUCAAAAUACCGCAUCCCCUUCCUAGGAGGAUCAUAA